AUGAAAGAAAUUAUGCUUCUUCUCCGACGGUUAGUCGGAAGGAGGUUGCAGCUGGCCAAAACAGUACCGAGAAUUCCUAAGCAAAUACACGAGAUCAAGGACUUCCUUCUGACAGCGAGAAGGAAGGAUGCAAGCAAGGACAACGUCAAGUUCAAGGUCAGGUGCUCGAGGUAUCUCUACACACUUUGCGUCUUCGACCAAGAGAAGGCUGAUAAGCUUAAGCAGUCACUUCCUCCAGGUUUGAGUGUUCAAGACAUUUAA